GUUCACUCACUUCCUGUGCACGCAAAUUGCACUUCGCAAAUCGUCCGCUGUUCUGGUUUAGAAGGCCAAAUAGCGACAGCGUGUUCAAGGUGUGAUGUCAGCAGCGUUGCGUGUGCUAUACUCUGUGUCUCGGCCAGGCACAUUUGUGGCCGGACACAAUCUGGUGCGUCCAAUCAGUCUGUCAGCCCAGAGAGAGGGAUACAAGUAUGUGAAUGCUCAGGAGUUGACCACGGACAUGAAGACCAUCACAGACCGAGCAGCUCAGACCCUGCUGUGGACGGAGCUCUUCAGAGGACUGGGCAUGACCAUGAGCUACCUGUUCAGGGAACCUGCCACGAUAAACUACCCUUUCGAGAAGGGACCCCUGUCGCCCCGUUUCCGCGGCGAACAUGCUCUACGCCGGUACCCUUCUGGGGAGGAGCGCUGCAUCGCCUGCAAGCUGUGUGAAGCCAUCUGUCCUGCCCAGGCCAUCACCAUCGAGGCGGAGCCCCGGGCCGACGGCAGCAGGAGGACAACGCGCUACGACAUUGACAUGACCAAGUGCAUCUACUGCGGCUUCUGCCAGGAGGCCUGUCCGGUGGACGCCAUCGUGGAGGGCCCGAACUUUGAGUUUUCUACGGAGACCCACGAGGAGCUGCUCUACAACAAAGAGAAGCUCCUGAACAACGGGGAUAAGUGGGAGUCAGAGAUCGCUGCCAACCUACAAGCUGAUUUCCUUUAUAGAUAGACAGGCUGACGCGCACACACAUAUACAAACCCCCAAAAGCCGGCUGACCAACUGUACCCUGCGGACCACCCUAUACACACACAACCACCGACUGACAGGACUCUGUGGAUUAUCGCAAACGCACACUUCGUAUCUGAACGGACGCCAUGUGAAAGAUCGCCCCCACGCACAUAUAUAUUGUACUGAAUAUGCGGAUGAGCGGUUCACUCCCGGACCUGUUUCCAGAGACCCAGGCGACACAGGUUAUCUGGUUCACACCCUUCUACGUGACAUGGAUGCCGAAGGUGACUUGGCUGAAUGAACACCAAGAAGCCACAUGUCUCUUGAACCAGGUCUGCGUGUGAGCCGCUGUCUCAUAGCCCUCCUUUUCCUCUCCCAGCAGCCAGCCCGCAGAUGCCUACUCUGGGGCUACAACAUGUAGAGUUGGCUUAAUUUAACAGAGGCGUUUUUACAACGUUGUGCCCUUUGAACGCACCCCAACCUUGGUCUCGUCAGUUUGACCGUUUGUCUGGUUUGAGGUAAGAUGCUGUCCCGAGAUCCAGGAUCAUAUUACCCUGUAUUGGCGUAACCUGAUUACAUUGUGACUUUCAAGAGUUAGCACUGGCUACCUAUUCUGGGUCUAAAUGGCAGCCUUUGCUCUACAUUGCUCUACAGGUUCAUAGUGCUCUGCUCUGAAGUAAUGUGCUUGGCAGGGAAUAGGGUGCCAUUUAGAAGGCUGGGCUACUCUGUUAAAGUUAUUUUGUGGGGCAGUGUUACGCAUCCUGUUGGCACAUGAUGGACUCAGGCACUUGUCUUUAUUUUAACUGUCAUUAUUACCUUCAGACUCUAAUAGAUGUUAGCCUGUGGAUCCAAAGGAACAUGGUGGUUUGGUUUUCUGUCAUAAGAAUUGUACAAAGGUUAAAUACUCGUUGACUUUGAAUGAUGUGGAAUAAAUAAAUGUUCUGUCCUAAGUUUCCAAA